AACUAAUCAUCUGGUUUAAAAGUUUACAUUUCUCUGCAUUUAUUUCGUUUUGGCAUUGACGUGCAUGUUUUUGUUAGGAUAAAAAAACCCACUCUGUUGACGUAUUGUAAUGUUCUAUAGUACAUUUGGUAUCUGAACGCUACAUUCCUCUGUUUUGCGCGUUGACCCCUGGGAGACGGAAGCUGUUUCUCUACAUGUAAACCUUGUCUUGUCUUUUUUAACAUUUUUUUUGUGUAGCCUUAAAAAGAGAUCUUUAAAUGUCUAUGUGUCUAUACUAGAAGUCAAAAUGUCUUUACAAUUACCAGUAGUUGUUAAAAGAAGGUUAUCUUAGGUAGUUUUAAAACUAAUUACACUAGUAAAUCAAGUGAAAAACUUUUAGUGUAAAAAAAGUUAUGUAAUUAAUUUCCCAUUUGCAUUUUGAGUUAUAUUUUAUGUUACAUUUUUACUCUGUACUUAUGGACUAAAGUGACUUGGUAUGAGGGUUGCGUUUUCAGUUGUGCAUGCCAUGCUUUCACUUUACUAAAAUAAAAUAUAUUAUUAGCUAUCAUUAUUGAGCCGUGUCGUCCUCAUCUAAAUGUCAAAUCCAGUGCAGUAAAUCUUUCACUUCAGAUUUUAUAUUCUGCUUCCAUAGCUGUUACACAGGAAGUGCCUUAAAAGUGGUACACAAGUCAUAUAUACUUCUGUCAUACUAUAAAGUAAAGGAUUGUUUUUAACUAACAUUAGCAAGUAAUCAGUAAUGCAUUGCCAUUUGGAAAUAACAACACUGCUCAUACACAAAUAAGGUUGAACAGUAUUGAGCUAUGGGGUCGACGUUGACAACCACUGAUGCCAAAGUAGCCCACUAAUGCUAAAGUUUAGAACUUUAGUUAUUUUUUGUUUUUUAAAUAGUCUGUGUAAAUACUACAAGCUUAAUCAUUAAACUUUAGAAAAGAGUUAUUUCAGCUAAUUAUUCAAUUUUUGUUUUUUUCUUAAUGAUCUCUUUUGAUGUAUGAAGAAAAUCUUUCAUACAGCUUCCGUGCUGCACCAGAGUGUACAUGAAAGUCCAGUGUAUUUAAAUGCGUCUUUGUGCUUGGCUGGCGAGGGUGUAAUUUGUCUUUUCAUGAGAUUUACAUUAAAUAAGAAGCAGCUAUUAAAAGCAGUUGUAACAAGAUGAUAAAUGGUGCAGUGGCGUUUUUUUCUUUUUUUUUUGUGAGCAGAUGAUCAAAUGUGUCAUAUGCCUCAGUGGUUUGUGAACAUUCAUGAAUGUCACUUCUCGUGAGUUCCUUUUCUUUUUCUUUUCCAACAGCAGAUGCAAUAAGCAGAGAUAAUUGGUGUGCUACUAAUUUACUUUAUAAAUGACAAAACACCAGAUGACUUAUUUUCUUGACAAACUGUUGAUGUGGAAUAUAAAUAUAUAUAUUAUGUUAUAUUAUAUUAAAUAAAAUAUAUGGGAAGUGCUUAGGAUUGUCAACAUGGAGGUGAAAUGUUUCUGGUUUGAAUCCUCAUUGAGGCUUUUCUUCCUUUGCUUGUAUCCUCUUUUAGUGAAACGCAUAAAAAGUGUGAUGUGUCAACGACCUCGCCGUUUAUGUUGUGCCAUAUCAUCCCCAAAAAGGGGAGUGGUGUGGGCAGAGCCCCCUCGUCUUUGUGGCAUGUGGCAGUGUGGUGCAGCAGGGGGAUGACUUUCCCUUCCAGUGCAAAUGUGCCUGGGAGUGCUGGCUGUUCACCUUUUCAGUGCACAGGCUCUUCCACGCUCUGCUGCCGUUACAAACAUCCUGUUCUUACUGUGAGAAUUUCACACACGGUCUCCAACCAUUCCUUGUGUUCAGACUGCAGUCUUUUUGAGCUGAUCCUGUACCCAAACUGGCCUAAACAGUGGUGGCAACAUCGUGCUAAUUCUGGACUCCUCGUGAGGAUACAUCCACUAAAGGAUGAGGCGAAGGCUUUAACAGAGAAUGCCAUAAACUGGAAGCCUCUUUGACGAGGUAUUUGGAGAUCUGCAAGACUGGGAGAAUCUACCAAGAGAAAGCCUUUAAAGCUAUAUAAAAAAUCAACCGCAUCCAAGAAUGAGGAUCAAGUACACCAUACUCGUUGUCUUCUUUGUGACUCUUGUAAUAAUUGAAAAAGAAAACAAGAUCCUCUCAAGAGUGUCAGAUAAGCUCAUCGUAAAGCAGACCCCCCAAACCCCUCUACAGCCCAGUGCCUUUGUCAAUAUUCUGCUGAAGUACAAUGCAACCUUCACUUCACUUGGCAAGGACUUCAUGCUCAUGAAGCGGCGCCUGGAGGACCACACUGUGGUCCGAGAUAGGACGAGAAGGACAAAGAAGCACAUUCUCUUGUUAGCUACCACCAGGACAGGUUCUUCCUUUGUGGGUGAGUUUUUUAACCAGCAAGGCGAGAACAUGUUUUACCUGUUUGAGCCUCUCUGGCAUGUUGAAAAGAUGCUAACCUUGGACACUGGCGGUACCAAUGCCACGGCUGCAGCAAAGGCGUACCGAGAAGUUCUUCAGCAGCUCUUUCUGUGUGACUUCUCCCUCCUGGAAAGCUUCAUUGAGCCCCUCCCUGUAGACCACAUCACCACAGCGCUUUUUCGCAGGGAGUCCAGCAGUUCUCUGUGUGAAGAGUCCGUCUGCAGCCCGUUCAUAAAAGGCGUCUUUGAGCGCUAUCACUGCAGAACCAGACGCUGUGGGCCUUUGAACCUGACCAUGGCAUCCAAGUCUUGCCAACAGAAAGAUCACAAGGUCAUCAAGUCUGUAAGGGUGCGCCAACUUGAGAAUCUCCGUUCUCUGGCCGAAGACCCUCGUCUUGACAUGAAAUUCAUUCAGUUGGUUCGGGAUCCUCGAGCUGUUUUGGCAUCACGCAUGAUAGCUUUUGCAAACAAAUACAAGAACUGGAAAGAGUGGGCUACGGGUGGGAGAAUACCUAUUGAUGAUGAUGAAGUGCGAAAGCUUAAAGGAAACUGUGACAACAUCAGACUUUCUGCUGAAGUUGGCCUGAAGCAGCCACCAUGGCUGCGGGGCCGUUACAUGCUGGUGCGGUAUGAAGACAUUGCUCGAUUCCCAAUGAGAAAAGCAACAGAGAUGUACAAGUUUUCAGGGAUCCCCUUCACUUCUCAGGUGAAAUCCUGGAUUCUGAGGAACACUCAUGCGUCAAAGGAGGCUGGCGGAGUCUACUCUACACAGAAAAACUCUUCUGAACAAGUAGAGAAAUGGAGGUUCAAUCUGCCAUUUAAAAUAGCUCAGGUUGUACAGAGAGUAUGCGGACCAACUCUGAAGCUUUUUGGAUAUAAAUUUGUAAGCAGCGAAAAAAUGCUCAAAGACAAGUCCAUUAGUUUAAUUGAGGACAGAAGGUUUAAUAUUUUUUAGAUUCGGCCAAAAACAAACUUAAAGGACAAAGGCAAAGGUCGGAAUUGAAAACUAUUCUUGCAAUAAAGUAUUAUUUAUUGAGAUUUUAUACUAAUACAUAUUUCUAUCAUUUUGACAGUUUUCUAUUCAAAACAUUUUACUAUUUAAUACGGUUUUAUGAGAAUUAUUUUUUUGGAAUUUGCUAUAAAUGUUGAUGAAAUGGCAGUGAAAACUAAAAUAUCCAUCUGAUAUCUGCAGGCCUGGCUGACUUUGAAUUCUGAAUACUGUUGGGUUUAUAUAACUGGUACAUGGCAAUCCUAAUGUCAUUUUGCUUCUCUUCAUCAACUAACUCCAGUUUUACCAAAUUUAAUAGUGUCUCAAAGAACUUAAAUUUGUUUAACAAUACGUAUGGCUGAAUGGGAAAAUUAAAACAGGUCAUUUGGCAAUUUUCUGGGUAUUGGGGGUAUAGUAACGUCCAUAGACUUGACCAUAUAGACCAGUCAUUAACCAAAAACUGAAGUGGUGUGGCAUUAUCAACUGGAGUUUAGCUGGUCCGGUAAAGUGAGAGCUUUGUUGGAGCUACACAUUGCCUACCCUUUCUGUCACCUAAAACCCUAAUUAUGUACAACCCCUCUACCCCUCACACAAACACACAUACAAACCAAUUAAGCAAAAAGUUUUAUGCCCCAAAAAAAGAAAAAAAAAUUAUGAAGAAAUAAGAGCUAAAUCGGGUUUUGGGGAAGUCUGACUUUUACCAUUGGUGUGUGAAUUGCUUCCUCCUAAUAACCAGCCUCCAGUGGUCAUUUGGGAAACUGCCACAUUUGGUGUUUCUGGGUCAAUCUGACACGUAAAAAAGUUUCUGAUGUUUAUUGCUUUAUUUUUAUUAUUCAUUAAAACAGUGUUUAUUUAUUUAUGCUUUCAAUAAGCACUCACAAUUAUAUCCUAGCUCACAUUUGCCCACACCCAUACUUUUCUGACAGGCUGGAAGGGUGAAUCAAUCUUUGGAUCCAACAAAGGUCUCACUACUAUUUGCUCAGGUUUUGAACUCAAUUCAACAUGGCUGCACCAUUUUAGGUAUCAUCUGGGCCAUCUAAAAUCCUACAGAUGACAUUGGAGAUUAUCAAUCUACUUCAGUCUAUGGUAAUUUACUUUUAUUUUUUUUCUCUUUUUCAGUUCUAUCACACUCCGCUAGAGUAUUUUUUGUUGUUGUUCUACCUUGUUAAGUGCCAUUGAUUGUAAAUGAAUGAAAAAUCUUUUUUUUUAAGUGUUUUUAAAGACUGUGAGGUUCUGUUACUUAUCUGUCACCGCUACUGUAUGCCAACAUUCCAACUGCAGCUGGUUUGCAGGAAUUUUUCAAAGUUUGCUUGUAGAUCUCUAUUGUGGUUUUCCAGAAUGGAGAUGUGAGUCCCUAAAAUUACAGCUAUAAAAACGCUCAAUAUUUUUGUUUUUGGGUGAGCCACAAUAAAUCUACCUUUACAUAAA